UCUCAAGAGAGGCGGGACUUCCGCUGACAAAAGAUGCAAUGAGCGGAAACCGCUGCAGAAACCAACCGCCUUUUCCUCGCGUACUGUAUCUGGAGCAGGUCUCGCUGUCUGUCGGCCUGAAAAACGGACCGCGGACGAACACAAACGAGCAGAACGAGGAGCGGUGCACAGAGGGACGACAAGAUGCCGCACAACUUCCGGCCCGGGGAUAUUGUCUUUGCUAAAAUGAAGGGCUAUCCCCACUGGCCGGCCCGGAUUGAAGAUGUUGCAGAAGGGGCUGUCAAACCUCCGCCUAAUAAAAUCCCCAUUUUUUUCUUUGGGACUCAUGAAACAGCAUUCCUUGCACCCAAGGACCUUUUUGCAUAUGAAAAGUACCAAGACCAAUAUGGGAAGCCCAACAAAAGGAAAGGGUUCAAUGAAGGCUUGUGGGAAAUCCAAAACAACCCUCAUGCCUCCUAUAGCACACCUGCACCUGCAUCAUCAUCGGACAGCGAGGACAACCAACCUGCGGCAGGAAGUGAUGCGGAAGAUGACAAGGAAGCAGUGGUGCCGAGGAAAGCUGAAACGGGAAGUGAUGGCUCUGACUCUGGAAGUGAGGAUCAAAGGAAGACGGCAGUGAAGCGGAAAGCUCCUGCUGCAAAGCGGCCACCAGUGAAGAGAACACGGGCAUCAUCCAGUGAUCGAGAUGGAGAGGAGAGUGGAUCUCCCUCAGAACCCGAACCAUCACCCAGCUCGGACUCUGACUCCGGCAAAAACAGCGACCAGGACUUCACGCCACAGAAGGAGUCGGGCGGUCGCGGCGGCAAAAAGCUAGCAGGCAGAGGCAGGAGGAAGAAGGCAUCAUCUGGCUCCAAUUCAGAAUCGGGCUCCCAGUCAGAUCAGAGGGCCGCCAAGAGCGAUUCAGAAGAAGAGAAGCCCCGGCCGGCCGUCUCUGGAUCCGAAUCGCAGUCUGGAUCCAAAUCCGACUCUGAUUCAGAACCUCCUCCUGCAAGGAAAGGCCCACAAGGGCGCAAGAAAGCGGAGAAACCUCCACCAAAGUCACGAGGAAGGAAAACCAAACCAGCUCCAGAAAGGGCUCCUUCCUCUUCAUCAGACAGCGACAGUGACAGCGAGACAGACCGCGUCAGCGAGUGGAAGAAGAGAGACGAGGAGCGGCGGAAGGAACUGGAGGAGCGAAGGAAGAAAGAGGAGGCUGAAGAGCUCCGUCGGCUCCGGGAGCGAGAGAAAGAGGAGGACGAGAAAAGGAAAAAGGAGAAAGAGAACAAGGCCAGGAGAGGAAGCAGCGGCAGCAGCUCGGACGAUGACGUGGAUGAUCACCCUCUCAAAAAAUCCAAGAAACCUCCGCCUCCCCCCAUCCCUGCACCUUCAGACUCCGACUCGCCACCAGCUGCAGAGGGGAAGAAAUCCGCCAAACGUCACGACAGCCAGAAAGGGCGGCAAAAGAAAGAGAAGGAGCUGAAAGAGAAAAAUGAGAGGAAGAUAAAAGAAAGGAAGCCUCAGAGAUCAGAGGAGAAACACAAAACGAGAAGGCCUAAGCCAGAGAAGCCUAAACGAAAGCCAACGCGUCCACCUGAGAAGAAAGUCGAGAAGAAAAAAGAACCCUCACCUGAAGAGAAACUACAGAAGCUCCACACAGACAUCAAGUUUGCACUGAAAGUUGACAACCCAGACAUUGAGAAGUGUCUGCAGGCCCUGGACGAGCUCAGCUCAGUACAAGUAACCACUCAAAUCUUGCAGAAGAAUACAGAUGUUAUUGCCACACUCAAAAAGUUAACUAUAAUAACCCUGACAAUAACACCACUGUUUCCCAGAAGGCCUAAGCCAGAGAAGCCUAAACGAAAGCCAACGCGUCCACCUGAGAAGAAAGUCGAGAAGAAAAAAGAACCCUCACCUGAAGAGAAACUACAGAAGCUCCACACAGACAUCAAGUUUGCACUGAAAGUUGACAACCCAGACAUUGAGAAGUGUCUGCAGGCCCUGGACGAGCUCAGCUCAGUACAAGUAACCACUCAAAUCUUGCAGAAGAAUACAGAUGUUAUUGCCACACUCAAAAAGAUUCGCCGAUACAAAGCAAGCAGUGCUGUUAUGGAGAAGGCCACUGCAGUCUACAAUAAACUAAAGCUGCAGUUCAUUGGCAAGAUUGAGACCAGUAAACCAAAACCAGAUGAAAAGAACCAAGAAACCAACGAGCAAGACACACAAAACGCAGAUGACUCCAAACCAGUGAACGGAGAAUCAGAAAAUGAGAAAAAAGACGUUUCUGAAUCGGAAAGCAACCCCAAACCCACAGCCCAAGAGAAACAGGAUGAGAACAAAUCCCCGAACGGCAUCAGUCCCAAUCCAGAUGAGCCAACAGAGCAGCAAACACUCGCAGCUGACUCCACAGACGCCGAUCCGGCAGCGGAUACAGACGUAAAAGAGGACAGCAGAGCGCAGGACGAGCAGAUGUCUUCCGAGAGCUGAACGUUUCACAAACACACUUUGGCCUCCUUCGUUCAUUUGUGUUACUUUUUGUCUGCCCACCUUUGUGACCUACAUGAGUUUUUCGUGUUGUACAUAAAACGUGAUAUGAACAUUAUUAGCACUUUUGAAUCGGGACGUCAUGAGGCAAAACAAGCGCCUUAAUCUAAAUGUUCGAUGUGGAUGAUUCUGCACUACCCACGUUUGGUCAAUCGAGGGCGAACGUUUUAUUUCAGAACCACGCUGACGUCUAGUAGAAAAAACACAGAAGCCCUUCAAAUAUAUUUGAAGACUGCUUGUAUUAUGUAGCCGCUUUUUAUGAGUAAAACCUUUUUUCCUUUUGUUUUUUUGGGGGUUUUUUUAUAUGAAAAAAUAAGGAAAAUGCUAAAAAAAAAAAGUAAAAGAAAGCAGUCUGGUUUUGUGUUGAUUGACCCACUACGCCAUACAGGAAGAGAUCAUGAGGUUUCAUUAUCAUUAUUAUUACUGCACAAAUCUACAGCUGAUCUGUCUGGUAUGGAUUUCCAUAACCUUCAGUGUCUAUGGACUUUCACUAAACUCUGUAGACCGCUUGUUGUCCGUUGUUUGGUGUUCUAAUAAUAACAACUUACAUCUGCAUAGGUUGACCCAAUAAUGCUAUUCUUUUCUUGGAUGUUAUAAAACAUGCGUAUCAUUCUUCUUAUAAACAUGUUUCUAGUGCUAUGUAACUUGGUCGGAGAUUUUUUUUAGUAUCCGUGAAGGAAUAAAUAAAAAUUCCGCAUGAUGGCCA